AUGAAGAGGAGCACUAUCUUCUCAUUCUAUUGUUUUCAGAGCUCCUCUCAUCGUCCCUUCUUAAGUCUUGCUGUAAAUUAUUCGCUAUUCUUUAGGAGAUGUAUAAGCCAUGGACUCUCGUCAGGCUCAACAAAUACGAGGCCUUUUCCUGAUUAUUCCCCCAAGAGACCGACCAUCAACGAUUCCGAACUUGUCCAACGCAUCUCCAACACAAUAAAGCUUCGCUGCUCUGAGCCCUUACGCCGUAUUCUGAAGCCUUAUGAAUCUCAGUUCAGGUCUGAUCACCUUAUAUGGGUCCUCAUGAAUAUUAAGAAUGACUAUAAACUAGUUUUGGAUUUCUACGACUGGGCAUGCCUACGUAGGGACCCAACAUUAGAAGCUCGUUGCGUUGUUGUACAAAUUGCUGCAGCAUCCAAGGAUCUUAAAACGGCACAUGAGCUUAUUCAUAAGUUUUGGGCAAAACCCAAGUUAGAUGUUAGUGUUUCAUUCACUCACUUUGCUGAUCGGUUGAUAUACACUUAUAAGGAUUGGGGUUCAGAUCCCCAUGUGUUUGAUGUUUUCUUCCAGGUUAUUGUUGAAAGUGGGAUGCUCAAUGAAGCAAGAAAACUUUUUGAUAAAUUGUUGAGCUAUGGGUUGGUUAUCUCUGUUGAUUCCUCAGAAGUGAUAUUGAGGGAGAUGAUGGCUCUGGGAGUACUUCCUGACAAUGUCGUCUACACAACUCUAAUUGAUGGUUUCUGUAAGAUGGGAAAUAUUCAAGCCGCAUGUAGGCUUUUUGACGAAAUGCAGCUUAGGAAAGUUAUCCCUGAUUACAUAACGUAUACUGCUAUUAUUCAUGGAUUUUGUCAAACAGGGAAGAUGGCAGAAGCAGAUAACCUCUUCCAUGAAAUGGUUAGCAGAGGGUUAGAACCAGAUGAAGUUACUUAUACAGCACUUAUUGAUGGCUAUUGCAAAGUAGGUGAGAUGAAAGAGGCUUUUUCUCUUCACAACCAGAUGGUUAGUAUGGGGCUUAGCCCAAAUGUUGUCACUUAUACGGCACUCGCUGAUGGCCUUUGUAAACGAGGGGAGGUAGACAUAGCAAAUGAGCUUCUUCAAGAGAUGUGCAGGAAAGGCCUUCAACUUAAUGUCUUUACUUACAACUCAAUUGUUAAUGGCCUUUGUAAAUCAGGAAAUAUAGCGCAGGCGGAAAAAUUAAUGGAACAAAUGCAGGUUGCUGGGCCCCAUCCUGAUACUGUUACUUAUACUACUCUGAUGGAUGCAUAUUGUAAGAUAAGGGAGAUGGCUAAGGCACACAAUGUCUUGCGUGAGAUGCUCGAUAGAGGGCUUCAACCUACAGUUGUGACAUUCAAUGUGCUAAUGAAUGGAUUUUGUAUGUCAGGAAUGCUAGAAGAUGGUGAGGUGCUACUUAAGUGGAUGUUAGAGAAGGGUAUAGUGCCUAAUGCCGGCACUUAUAAUUCUCUCAUGAAGCAGUACUGCAUUAGAAAUAAUAUGCGUACUACAACUGAUAUGUAUAGGAGCAUGUGUGCUGGUGGGGUAAUGCCUGAUAACAACACCUAUAACAUUUUAAUAAAAGGGCAUUGUAAGGCAAGGAAUAUGAAAGAGGCAUGGUUUUUGCAUAAGGAAAUGGCAGGAAAGGGAUUUAUUCCCACAGCAAGUUGUUACAGUGCACUUAUAAAGGGUCUUUUUAAGAAAAGGAAAUUUGCGGAGGCAAGGGAACUCUUUGAAGAGAUGCGGAGACAUGGUGUAGUUGCAGAUAGAGAAACAUACAACAUUUUUGUUGAUAUGAACUAUGAAGAAGGUAACAUGGACAUUACUCUUGAGCUCUGUGAUGAAGUUAUAGAAAAUUGUCUUGUGGGCAAACCCUAG